ACACACUGCUCUCGUCGGGGGUUUGUUUCGGUUUGAACAACGUGCGAUGCGGACGGUUUCGCGUCGAGUGCUCCUGUCUUGCCCAGCGCUCUGCGUGCGUGUGUGAUUAGCGUUAGCGCAGAGACAACGGCGCGCUUCUGUAGGCACCACCAUCGAGUUAGAGCAGCCCAUCAUCCUCUGUGUUGUUAGUGUUGGGUUUUUGCACAUCCUCAACCACAUUCGGGUGUGUAAUGUUUGAAUCCGUUUCGGCAAAAAAAAAAUCCCCAUACUGAGAGAAGCGCGAAGUGCUUGAAUGUUUGGCGGUGUCUGUUGCCAAUGGUUUGACGUUUAGUGUUGCUCCUAAUGAUGAAGUGACCGAUCUGUAACGAUGGUCGAUCAGCAGUGAGUGUGCGGGCGAUUGUAAGUGUGUGAUUAGUGGGUGUUCUCGAUAAAACAAAACGCCAAACGAACCACAAAAAAAGGAGUGCGCCGAAAGGUGAAAGAUGAAGCUAAAAGCCUUACCAAAAAGAGUUUUGUGAAUGUGUGUGUGUGUUUCUGUGGUCUCUUAGUGGCACAAAUUCCAACAGGAGGAAACAAGUGGAUGUGUUUUUAACAAAAUACCCGCCACAGUGCGUUAGUGUGCUGGAAUCAUUCGAAAAGGAUUAUCAGUAGGCCGUGCGAUUGAAAGAAGUACGCGGCAGCUUCGCGUGAGGUAGCGGCAGGUCCUGCUGAGCGAACAUCUCCAUCUUCCACUGUUCACCGUUUCCUCACGAUAACGCACCAACGGCGAGACGGCGAACGGUGACUUACUUUCGAGGAUACACUCGAGAGCUUGGCAGACGGAACUGAAAGCGAACGGACGGAACUGGUGGCUGGUGGUGGUCAAUACACGACAAGACGGUUUGUCCAUCGUCACGUGAACAAAGUGCGUGCGUGCGAGUGUUGAAAUUGAUAUGUAUGUGUGUGUGUAAAGGUGCUUUACCCAUCAUCAGUGACUUCAGCUGUCACACACCAAGGUGCAAUAAUUUAAUGUAAUAGCAUAACAUAACAAGUCAAGUGUCUUUCAAAACUUAACUAAAGUGUUCAAGUGAAAUAAUGAAAAUGUUGAAAAAGUGGCACAGUUGUUGAAUUAAAAGAAAUAAGUAGGGAAAAACAACAGCAAAAAACAAAACGCAUUAAACACAGUGCGACAGUGCAACUAUGAUAUGACGUCACAUUAUCAUCGCCUGCUCUGUAUCCAGUUGUGAGCAGUGAGUGUGCCUGCUGGGAAGGUUGCUGCUGUUUGUGCGCUCAGGAGGUGAAGGGCGACUAAUCUGUUCAUAUCGAGCACGGCACAGGCUGUCGGCCGCUUCUGUGUGACAACCGUGCGCUAAUUAGUGGAUGGAAUAUUGUGCAAUCCGUCCACUAUAUUCCCUGUGUACGCUGUGCACGAUUUAGAGAGAGAGAGAGAAUGUUGCAAUCGAAGCGAAGCCGUCGGCCUUAGCCGCGAACACUCCACAAGCUCCACACUGUGUCCCUUAGUGUCACUGUGUACGUGUGUGUAUGUGUGGUAGUGUAGUGUAUGCGUGUGUGUGGGGUGUGUGAAAUUAUAUUGUGCCACCGCUAAACUUCUACACCCUCUCUUUCUCUCUCACUCGCGGUAAACUUCUCGGAAAAGCUAUCGUGUAUCCUGCCACGACAGUUAGUGGAGCUGUGUGAAGUGCGUGUUUGUGUGUGUGUGCUUUAGGGUGUCCGCGUGUGUGUGUGUGUGUGUGUGUGACGCUAGUAGUCCACGGUCUGGUGUCCGUGUGCUUUAGGCCAGUGCCGGUUCGACCAUCUGGUGUCCGGAGCGCGGUGUUUCGGUGCGGACUGGGCGAGUACGAGCGCAAUGGCAGUAUCCUGCCCGGAAGUUAUGUACGGUGCAUACUAUCCUUAUUUGUACGGCCGUGCCGGACCGAGUCGACCAUUUUAUCAGUAUGAAAGGUUCAACCAAGAUCUCUACUCAUCGUCCGGUGUGCCGUUGGCCGCCUCGUCCAGCACCUCGGCCGGUUCGCACUCGCCGUGCAGCCCGCUGCUGCCGCCGUCGCUACCGUCGAACGUAGCGGCCGCGGCCGCCGCCGCACAGUCCAGCUCGACCCUUACCUCCUCGGCGACGGUGACGUCCGUCAACCAGACCGCCAUACCGACCAUCCCGCUCGGUGCGCUGCAGAGGCACAUUACCAAAGAGGAAGACAUCAGCACCGCCCGAAGUGACACGGAAGGAACCAUAUCCGGUGCGCACAACGAUAGCUCGUGCUCUUCCGGCCCGGACUCGCCGCACAACCUAAACCAGCAGCAGGCCGAUGCGAGCGGGUUGGCAGCGGCCGCAGCUGCCGUGGCCGGUGGUGGUGGUGGUGGUGGCGGUGGCAGCGGUGAAUCGUCCGGCGGACUGAUGGCCGGCGGUAGCGGAAAUGGCCGGGCACAGUACGUGUCGGCGACGUGCGUCGUGUUUACGCACUACUCGGGCGAUGCGGCCAGCGUGGUGGACGAACACUUUUCUAGGGCGUUAAAUUUUAGCGAUAAGAAUAACAAAGGAUACAGUUCGAUGUCGAGUAGAAACUUCCCUCCCUCAUUCUGGAACAGCAACUAUGUUCCACCAACACCUGCCCCAACGCAUCACCAGGUUUCUGACCUUUACUCUACCGACGGUGGCUAUUCGGCGGAUCCGUGGCAUGCGGCACACUACGGCUCGUACGCACACGCUGCCCAUGCGCAUGCCGCACACGCCCACGCGUACCACCACAAUAUGGCCCAAUAUGGCAGCUUACUGAGGUUACCGCAACAGUACGGACACACGUCCAGGUUACACCACGACCAACAGACGGCACAUGCGUUAGAAAGUGCAGCGGCGUACACGAGCUAUCCAACGAUGGCAGGACUAGAAGCACAAGUACAGGAAUCGUCGAAGGAUUUGUACUGGUUUUAGAUAGUGAAAGAUGCAAAACCUUUUGCACGCAUAACCAACACGACGAAGGCAUUACAGUUACAAAACUAUCAUUUAAUGGAGGAAAACAUUUAAACAAAAAACAAAA